AACGACACGCAGCGGCUCAGUCCCGAAUCACUGCCCGUGCGCUUCGCUCGCGCGCUCUGUGAGCUGCCGGAGUGCUCCCUCCCGAGGGCCCUCGCUGCUCGGCGCGCAGGGAUUCGGAGCGCAGCCUGCUGAGUGCGGAGCCGCGCGGAGCUUCACUCGCUCACACACACAGUUCCGCUUGUUCACCUCCUCCAGGCGCCGCAGCUCAGGGAGAACAGCACACACAGCACAGCACACACUGCACUGCACAGCCUGGGGUUUAUCCGCUGGACACCGGAAAUCACACACACGGCUGCUUUUCCUGAGGUUGUGUGGAGUCUCACCUCAUGAUGUUUGGUUCUCCCUGAAGUGUGUGUGGAUUUGUUUGUUCCUGGGUGUUUACACUCUCGACACUCCGGAUCAUUUUUAAACUGAAUCUUUUUUUUUCUUUUUGCUUGCAUGUGCUGAAGUGAACUUUUUAGAAACAUUUUUUUGUUCUGCUGAUUUUCUUUAAAGACGCUUUUUCAGUCCAUAUUUGGAUCCUGAGUCAUUCCAGUCUUUUAGCUGUGUGUGUGUGUGUGUGUGUGUGUGUGUGAGAGAUGAUGUCUGUGGGUAAUGGUGUGGGAUCAGAGCUGGUGUGUGUGUUGGUGUAUGUGGUGUGUGUGUUGGUGUGUGGGUUUGGCGCACUCGGGACACUGAGAAUGACGGGGAGAGGCGGAACACAGUCAGACACCCGUCUCUCCUCUCUCAGCUGUCUCUCUGCAGGUGUACUUUUAGCCUCAUGUCUGUUGGACGUGACCCCAAAUUUCCUGACAGAGAUGAGAGAGACAUUUGCUGAGCUCGGCGUGACGCUGCGCUUCCCCGUGCCGGAGUUCAUGCUGGCGGUGGGGUUCCUGUUCCUGCUGGUGAUGGAGUCUCUGAUUCUGACUCUGAGAGACGAGUGCGAGCGACAGCACGGACAGAAAGAAGGACGAGAGGAGAAGGAAGCUCUGCUCCUGUGUUCGCCGACGCCCCGUCCCGAUCCCACCCUGUCCCCCAUCCGUUACUUCGUGCUGGUCCUGUCCCUCUGUCUCUUCUCCACGUUCCAGAGUUUCUCGGUGGGGGUGGUUCGGCUGCGCCCCGAUCUCCUCCUGCGCACUUCGCUCAUCACCUGCAGCCUGGUCUUCCUGCUCGCUCAGAGUCAAAUGAGACGCUCCGUGGUGUCCAUCUGCCUGGUGGCGCUGUCCUCGGCGUUCCCGCUCAGCCUCGUCCUGCAUCACACACACACACGCAGCCCCUUACGCCUGGCUUGCUCCACGCUCGAGGGUCUGAGUGUCGGGAGCUUCACCUACGUCGUCUUCAUGGAUGUGAUUCCGCGAGCGAUGAGCGCGAGCGAGCACCGCAUCGGGAGAGUCACGCUCAUCCUCAUGGGCUUCAGUGUGCUAACCGCCGCACUGCUCCUCAGGACAUGAACACACACACACACACACACGUAGGGCUGUGUUCUCAACUGCACACUCCUAUUCCAGUAUGAUAUCUACACAACAUGUUACCGAGCAACCAUCGCGUUUCACUCUGACAACUAAAGCUUGACCAGUUACCAUGACAGUUGGUUCUGUUCCAAAUCACCAUCAGCAGUGUGCACAAAUAGUACACCAUCAGAAGUACACUACAUUCCCUCAGAAUCUGUGGUUUGGGAUAUAAACACACACACACAUGACAAAUUAGUGACCUGUGAAGUGCGCCCCUGUGUGACCUGGAGCCGUGCGAGUGCGCACUCCUGAGUGUCCAUGUCGGACUUCCUGUUUGUCCUUCAGGUGAAUGUUUGUUUCUGAUGUGAACAUUGUGUCUGUACGCUGUAACGUUUGACAUUAAAGCAGAGAUAUUUUAUCA